CUAGGUACCAACAACUUUGCGCCGUGUGCUGAAGGCGAUCGCUCGCUCUAGUUUCGGUUAUCAUCUCCAAGUAUUACAGUGCAUUGCCUGAUCAACAUGCCUCGCGGGUCCACGAACAGCACCGAGGGCUCUCACUCUUCGUCUCCCUCGUCCCUCAACGCUCCCCGCUAUGGCACCAUGGUGCCCAAGCGCAUCUUUGUCGGAGGCAUUUCUCCCACAACUACAGAGGCAGAACUUCAUGAGCUCUUCUCGCGCUACGGCGUAGUAACAAACACAAAAAUUAUUGCAGAUAGAGCCGGAGUUUCCAAAGGUUACGGCUUUGUGACAUUUGAUAGCGAGGAAGAAGCUCAGAGGGCACAAACAUCUGGAGCUAAUGUAAUGCUCAGAGAGAGGAGACUGAACAUUGCCCCAGCCAUAAAAAAGCAGCCUUUUACACGAGUGUAUGAUCCCACCCAAUCUGUGCCAAAUGGGACAAUCCUGUACCACAACGGGAUUCCAUACACAUACCACAAUGGCAUGGCCUUCUUUGUGACCCCCGAGACGGCAUACCAGUAUUCUGCCACCUCCCAGACCACCACACCCGCUGCAACCACAUCCAGUUACCCUGUGGUGUACCAGCCGUCCAUGUACUAUCCGCAGCACACGGCUUACCAGUACCAGAACGUCAUUCCGUCUCAGUGGAAUGCUUCGAGUGGGCAGUGGAGGUGGGCACCUCCUCAGAGUGUGGGCCACCCCACCUACGUCUAUCCGACCGCCGCCAUGAUGAGCAUGGGGGGCGGAAUCGGCGGCGGUGACACGUCCUCGGAAUACCAGGAUCCGGCCAUUGUCGAGACGGGCACUGAGGUAGGUGCCCUGGGCCUAAUGCUCCGUAAGGAGGACGGAGGAGGCGGCGGCAGCGGAGCGCUCACGGCAUCGAUGGCUGCUGUCGGAUUGAACAGCUUCUGGCCCAAGGCCGGCGGCGGCAACCCCGGCUUCCACCAGCCGGCCUCCGCGUCCCUGGACUGCUCCUCCGCCGCAGUCCCCGGGCGCCCCGUACUGGACGACAAUGCCGGCGCCAAGCCUCCCUGUGUGCCCUCCGGCAAGUCAGCAGCGGGCGUCGAGCAGCAACCUGCCGUCCCUUGCCGCCAGUUCCUUCCCCCACGGCAGCGCCGCUACACUGCACCCCCUGAGACCCCCCUCGCCAAUGCGGACGGUGCCCAAGGUGGUGAACGGGACCUGCCUGAUGGCAGUCGCCCCCACCGUGAGCGUGGCGGGGUUCCAAACGCCAAGCAUGCCGUCGGCGGCUCAGCAGGCACCUGGCGGGACUGCCUGUUUGGCGGCGGCCACACUUCCUCGCCACCAGGGGCAGGCACUCCCCGGUCGCAGUGCCCCUAAGUGCGGCAGGGGCAGGGGGCUCGCCUCCUCUCACCCCAGGCCCAUGUGGAAGCCCCUGCAGGAUUCACCCGGCACCACCGCAAACGGCCUCCUCCUCCGCUGAGUUCUCCGCCCUCCCUUUCUCGCGGUUUCAGACCCGGUUUUUGCGGUAGACUGCAAUGGGUGGAAGGUGUACCCGUCCAAACAUGCAAUGCCGAUUUCCACUGGCUACUUUUUUUUUUGGUGGAGCAAUGCAUAACGAAAAUGGUGGCGUCGAGAAUGCUCGGCGUCUAUCACGGUACCUCGGCAUACGGGCUCCCAGGGACUAAAUUGUUUUUCUCUUCCGCCAUUAGUAGACCACAAGCAGAGAGCACUAUCGGUUUAGGUGUAGGCAUAUGUGCAAUUUUCCUUCUCUCCAAAAGGAGGGAGGCUGUCUAGGUUGCAGUGUGUCGUUUGUUCCCAGGGAGAACCCAAGCGUUGUAAGGUGACCUUGUAAUUUUUUUUUUUCAUGUGGAAAGAUUUAUAUUAAAAGUGGCAGCUCAGUCUUUCACAGCAAGAACCUCAUUUUGUGUAGUCUUGCAGCCUUGUUCAAUGGUUAAGGGGUUGGGGCAAUGGAUGGGGCAUCCACUGUUUGAAACAAAUUCACCUUGUUUUCCCUAAGAGAAGGCUUGACUGAGGCGCUCGUGGAUGAAUGCUCAUGAAGCAUGCCUUCAUUUUUCCUUUUACGGAGCUUCAGAAUUUAUACCAAAAACCUUGUCAUUCAGUCUGGUACACACCUUGUCAUUCAGUCUGGUACACAGCAAAAAGGUUCUACCUCGGAGUAAAUUGGCUCAAAAGGGCAUAUUGCAUACUUCUUUUAAAGCUAAAACUAAGGCAGCAUUGUCCAGUUGAAACAUUUGAGGCACCUCUUCAUUCCACCACUGUAUUCCUCACCACAGUCUAGGGGUGCUGCAUAAGAUUAGUUGCAACAUAACUAAAUCUGUGUAAUUUUUUUUUUACAUGAACUAAGGGUUAAAGCACUUAAAAAUGUGUGGGGGCACGCCACAUUCUUGGAAGUGGGGACAGCCGAGACCUAUAUUGGGAAAGGACAGCUUCCUCUGGUGUGCACCGGUUGAUCUCCAUGUCAGUAUUACACGUCCUAGGUUUCACAGUGGUGCUUGAGAGGCAGCUUCUUUUCAGAGACUGCUGGGCACAUGCAUAUGUUGCGAUUCCUCACAACCCGAGCUAUCUGUACCUGUCUGUAGUGCCUUAAUUUUUUGUCCCAUGCCUUUUUUUUUUUUUUUUUUUUUGGAGGAGGAGGGGGGUGGGGGGGGUUUACGAUUGCGGCAUACGCUGUUGGCCUGGCAAGCCGAGUUAGAUUGGUAAAAUUUUCUAUGCGCCUUUACAUGCUUUACAAGGAGCAAAGGUAAGGUAUCAAUGCGUAAAUUUGCCCGAGUGCAUUGCAAGAGGUGUUCACAAACUGACCCUACCCCUUUUUAUAUAAUAUUUUUGGUGUCUUUUUUUUUCCACACUGACAAACUGCCAAGAGAUUGUGAUUGCAACGGUCUCACCUGUGAUGUGCAGAAAAUAUUUUCCUUUUCUUGAAUUGUUUUUGCGCUAUACCUAGGGAAACUUCCGGGCUCGUGGUUUGCCCCAGAACGUCUUGUGAUAACCUCUUUCUGGUCAUUUCAAAGUACAAACUAUACAAGACAAAUUAUAAAUGUGCAGUUAGGAGUAAGCAAUAUUUGUGCUCUUAUUUCCUAGUACUUUUGGGUGAUCAAGUCCAUCCAGCACACUCAUACCUUUUCAUCCAGACUGGCCAGUCAAAGGUGUCAGUGUUUAUUUGUAAAGUCCAGAUGGUGGUAUCCCAAGUGCAGGGCCUUCCUUUGUCAAGUGCAAUGUCCCACUUUUUUUUUUCCUUGAGUGUUUUCUGCCACCACAUACAUAUUUUUUGUGUAUGUGCAUAAAAAGUUGGUCAUUUUGUGCAAGAUUGCAUAGGGUGGCCCCCUACCAGGGUGUCUAUGAGAGUUUAUAACAAUAUCAAUGAUAGGAUUUUAAAGGCAUGGAAGCCGCAUGUAUCUAUAUUAUAAUGUAUACACUCCAUCAUACACCUGUGCCAAACAUGUGCUGUCAUACUCUGUUUGUGUGUACCUCUUGUUAAAAAAAAAGAAAAGUGAUCUCGUAUGUUCAAGAGUGUUGGGAGAACAACAGAAGUCUUCUAUCGUAGAGAUCUGAAUGUGUGUAUGGCUUUUUCUUCGAAUGAAGGGUUUUCAAUUUUUAAACUCUUCAACCUGCACCUUCUUUUUCUUUCUUUUUUUUUUUUAAUGGCUAUUUAUAGCGGGAGGUACUUAUUUUUGAUGUAACCACUACUGCCCAUGUUUUACGCGUGCAGAAAAAAGUGUUUGGACAAAGCGUGAAUCGAGCAUUACAAGCUCUGGAUUUUGUUUUACGCUUUGUGCAAGGAUAUGAAGACUUGUUUUAGUGACCGCUAUGUGGACGAAGAUGAAAAAGUGCUAAUAUUGCUGGUAUUGGUUGGUAUGUCGGGAAGAGUGUCCAUAGACAUUGUCCCUGUGUGUAAACAUACUAUUGCCUGGUGUUGUAACAAUAAAGGAAAGAUUGUAUGAGCUGUUG